AUGGGGGACUCUGCUACUGUCCCACAAAUUCUGUACUCGACUGUACCGGGAUAUUUCUUGCAAGAUGAUCCGGCCAUCGACCCCAAAACCUUUGACUACGCGAAGGAAGGCUUCGGGUUGAUCGAUCAAGCCUACGAUACGGACGAGACCUUGGAAAUAGAGCUCAAGAAGCUUCCCUGGGCAAGAUUCGAACAUAAAGUGCGCUCCUUGAAUCAGCAUACCGCUUCAAACGUUCGCUUCGCCGUCCUCUUCAUGGGAAGACAUGGCCAGGGAUUUCAUAACGUGGCGGAGGCUUACUACGGAACCAAAGCCUGGGAUGACUACUGGUCGAAAUUAGACGGCAACGGGACCAUAACUUGGUCGGAUGCCCAUUUAACUGAAGAAGGGGUCAGCCAAGCGAAAGUUGCCCGAGAUACAUGGGCUGCUCAGAUGAAGAACUCCAUCCCUCUCCCAGAGGCGUAUUAUACCAGUCCGUUAGAUCGGUGUCUUGCUACUGCAAAGGUCACUUUCAGUGAACUUCAACUUCCUCCGUCUCAUCCGUUUAUUCCAACUGUAAAGGAGCUUCUCCGGGAAACACUCGGAGUACAUACAUGUGAUAGACGCAGCUCCAAGGACCACAUCGAAAGCACGUACGCAACAUACAAAAUAGAGCCUGGGUUUACACAAAAGGACACGUUAUGGGACCCUGAAAUUCGAGAAUCAGACUCCGAUCGAGAUGUCCGUUUGAAGAAAUUGCUUGAUGACAUCUUUUCUCAUGAUAGAAGCACAUUCAUGUCCCUCACCGCCCAUGGCGGAGCUAUCAGGUCUAUCCUUAAUGUCAUUGGCCAUCGUGACUUUGGAUUGCAGACCGGUGCUGUUAUCCCUGUUCUCGUUCGGAUAGAGACACGAUCCGAUGCCCCUGAGGAGCCAGAGGAGGAUUUGACCAUCAAAGUACAAGGUCUCAAUUAG